UUAUGUUGUAAUUUGAUAAGCAAUAUAAAAUAUUAGCGUCCGACCUUUAUGGGCUAUAAAACUGCUCGCUUGCAGCUCGCAGGUUUCCCGCUUAUAUUUUAUAUAUUACAUACAGAGUUCCGUGAUUCAGAGCAGUGAAAUGUUGGAUUCUCAUGAGUCAAACACACUGUGGUCAUUUGGUCAUUGCCGGUUUGAUUUGUACUUCCGGUGUAAAAUGUUCCAAUGUAUUUUGACUUUGUUUAUUUUUUUCCCAGGUGUCGUAGCUUCAGGUCUUUUAACCGAGCACAAACAAUCCGCUUGCCAUAACAGCAAUGUUUUACUUGACUGCAAAUACUAUGAAAACAUGGGCUCAGCGGCAGAUCUCAGUUGGGGCUUCAGAGACGUCACAACACAAGGAUGGAAGAGAAUUGCAUUGAUAAGAAAUGGGAACCGAAAGAUUUUCAAGAAUACAAGAUUUGACGACAGAAUAACGUUACACACAAAUGGUUCAUUGGAAAUAAAGACUUUAAAACCUGAAGAUGCAACGCGCUACCAAUGUAAAGUCUCUAAGACAGGACAGCGAGAUACGCACAUCAUCGAGCUUACUGUCAUGUGUAACGGAAAAGUCACAUUCACCAAACAAGAAGUGUGCGUUGAGGAAGAUGUCCUUCUUGACUGUCAAGCGAAAUACAGAACAAAUCCACUUCACCUCAGGCGCGUUAUGUGGCACAAGAAAGAUGCAUCGUCAUGGUCUUUGGUACUCGCUUCUGAUAAACAGAACGUUUCCCGUGACGGGAUAAAACUUCACGACAAUGGAUCACUAUUACUUCCUGCAGGAAGACCGACCARUGARAUGAAAUACAAGUGUGAUGUCAUUAAAAACGUCAUCAGUCCACGAGAAAGACACGUUGUCAUUGUGAAAAACGUCAAGUGCCAUCGAGAAAAACGAUUCGUUGCUGCAACCAUCAAAACAACAGAGGGUAGAGCUGCCAUGACAACCAUUGCACCGAUCCAAGCAACAACAGUCUCCAUGGAAACAAGUCCUUCUUCGGUCACCAGCGAAAAGACUGUACAGCCUAGUACUCAGUUUACCUCAUCGCCUACAAAGGAAGACAGUGGCUUUUGUGGAAAGACUGUCCAUACGUCUGUUUCUGGUGGAUUCCAAUCUCCGAGUUUCCCAAGUCCAUAUCCUGCCAACUCUUACUGUAAAUGGACCAUCAGUGUGCCCCAGGACUACGCGGCCAUUCAUAUUACACUAAACGUAAUGAAUCUAGAACACGAGGCGAACUGCCAGAAUGACUACAUUGCAAUAACGGACGAGCUUGGUAAUCAAGUUGGUUGUCGUCAGUGCGGUUCGCCCAACAAGCCAAUCACAUUUCACAUCAAAGGAAAAGUAGCAGUGGUAGAGUUCAAGUCUGACAGUACAGUUCAUAAAACAGGAUUUCAGUUGAUCUACAAAGCAACAAAACGGGUCGAAUGAAAUGGAGCUCGUUCACUUCCAUAAGUAUUUUGCUAUGCAAAGAUUUGUAAACGUUUUUCAGUGGAUACAUACAUAUAUAGUUAUAAGAAAUCAUUAUAGGAUCGUACAUAUAUUUAUUUUAAUAAUGUCACAUGGAGUGGUUGGUAUAUCUAUAGGAUCGUACAUAUAUUUAUUUUAAUAAUGUCACAUGGAGUGGUUGGUAUAUCUAUAGGAUUAUUUAUUUCUUGUGGUAAAGAAUCCAUCAAACGUAUUAUCAUAGUAGUAUUUCUAAUAAUAAAGCAUAUUUUCAAUAUA